CACCUCUGGUUGUUUCACUGGAAAAAUGGCGCGAAAGUGAGAAGAUUUUGACCACACUCUUUAACUCUUCGAGCUGUUAAAUAAUAUCCAGGAGACGAUUGUUUAAUACCAGUAAUUAAAGUCAAUAUGGAGGUUAAGGAGGAAGUGGAAUCUAAGCUAGGGAACGAAGACAAUAUGAAGAAUUUAAUAUUAGAAUCUCCACUGCCAGAAUGUGUCAAGUCCGAGCCAUGCUGGUUGGGAAUAGAUGAAGCAGGAAGGGGACCAGUUCUCGGUCCUAUGGUUUAUGGAAUUUGUUUCAGUCCAAUAUCCAUGAAGGAGAAAUUUGGAGAAAUGGGAUUUGCCGAUUCUAAGACCUUGACAGAGGAACAAAGAGAGAGCAUUUUUGAUAAGAUAAAUGAAGCCAAUGAAAUGAUGGGAUGGAUUGUUGAAGUGCUCUCCCCUACCUUUAUAUCAACUAGCAUGCUUCGUAGAACAAAAUAUAACCUUAAUGCUUUAUCACAUGACUGUGCAAUCAGGCUGGUGGCUCUCGCAAUUGAAAGGGGUGCUAACAUUGCUGAAGUUUAUGUUGAUACAGUGGGAGAUCCAACAAAGUACCAAGAGAAACUUAAAGGUAUAUUCCCAGCUAUUGACAUCACAGUAGCAAAGAAAGCUGAUUCUCUAUAUCCAAUUGUUAGUGCUGCCAGUAUAUGUGCUAAAGUCACCAGAGAUAAGGCUGUCAAAAAAUGGAAAUUCCAAGAAGAAAUAAAUACAGAAGAUCUUCAGUAUGGCUCAGGCUAUCCAGCCGAUCCUAACACUAAAAGUUUUCUUGCUAACAAUAUGGACUAUGUAUUUGGUUUUCCACAAUUUGUUAGGUUUAGUUGGUCUACGGCAGCCAUAAUUUUAGAAAAAGAUGCAGCCCCAGUGAAAUGGGAAGAUGAUGAUGAAGAUGAAAACGCUGACAAAAGCAAUAUGGCAUUGACUUCGUUCUUCUGUAAGAAGGAUCAUAACCCUAAAAUGGACAGGCAUAUCUAUUUCAAAGAUAGAUGUAUAGAAACAGUUGAAAAAUUGUAGUGUCGGCUGAGCAAGAGAUUAUUCUUGAAAGGACUAGAUUUACUUAUACAUGGAGAACUUAAUCUUUUGGUUUUCCAAGUACAUUUAGUUGUAACCAUAAUGUGUUCAGUUUUAAUAAUAUAAAUAUUUGAACAAAA